CCAAUGGAACACUGACCCUUGGCUUCAAUGCAGCUGUCGGCGUCGCAGCAUGCUCAACUCUACACCAGUACUCCAGAGUGUCCAGAGUAACUGUUGAACCCUCAAGGCCAUCCGCAACCCAUCUCAUUCUCCUUGCUCUACAACGACCUUACGUCUUCCUCAAGCUCGCUCGCUCACUCACUCACUCACCCACGAUCCCAUCGCCUACUCGUCAAGCAUUCAUCGCCCUCCACCACUGGCAGACACCACAUCACACCUCCUCACAUCAUUCACUCCCAAGUCACCAACAACCGUUUCUGGCACGUACCUUCUCGCACCACACCCCAGGCGGCUCUCUUGCCUUCCAGGGCCCUGACCACACAGACCACCACACCAUCACCCAUCACCCACCACUCCCGCUUUCGCUACCACUACCGCCCGCCGGUCCCUUCCCCCUCUCCAAGUCCAAUUCCAGAACCGAACCGCACAGUUCCAAGUGCCAACCCGCCAAAAAUGAUCACAGACUCCCAACUCUACUCCCUAGCCAUCUUCCUCGGCGCCGCCGCCAUGCUAAUGAUCGUGCUGUACCACUUCCUCGAAGUCAACGCCCAAGACGACGACAGCACGGCGGGCAGCCUGGACAGCAACAACAACACCACCACCACCAACAAACUGGCCAACGAAAAGACCGGCGUCGGCGCCGUCAAGCCCGCGCUUGUUGAUCCUUCUCACUCGCGGACACCCUCGUCAGCAGAAUAACACAUAAACACACAUGCACAAGAAGAAGAGAAAAAAAAAAAGAGUGCCUCCGGA